GCAUGAGCUGCCCAAGAAUCAAUCACAACAAUCUGCUCCUUUUUUUUUCUCCCACAUCCCCAAUACACUCCCUCCCGAGAACAACGCAGUGGGAGUCUUGAGCUCUUCCAUAUUACCCAGGUCGUUCACCGUGAGGCCUCGUUGAGUCCUCCUUUGUCGAUAAUCUACCCUCCAAGUUUCGAAACUCCGACCGCGGCCCCACCACCCACUCCGUCCGAACUCCAUGCGCGCUGGGAAAAUGGUCCUUCUCGCAAGAUGUUGGACCAUCGCCGCGUCUCAAGCCAUCCUACUCAGCUCAGCAGCAGUGGCAGCGUCCCAAAUCCAACAGCAGUAUCAGUUUAAGACAAGUCUGGGUGACGAUAUCGAUAUUCCCCAGGUGAAUGCGCCGGAGCAGUAUGGACGAUUCUUGCAUAUCACCGAUAUGCACCUGGACCCGCACUAUCGAGAAGGCGCCCCCAUAGAAAACAGCUGCCACGACCACGAUAAGCUGGAUCCACUGCAUCCUAGACGAAAGAUGGGUGAUGGAAUAGCCGGCAAAUACGGUGCACCCGGCAGCGGCUGCGAUUCGCCUCCAUUGCUCAUUAACGAAACGGUGAGAUUCAUCUCGGACGUGUUACUGAAGGAGAAAGAAGGUCUGGAUUUCGUCAUUUGGACUGGAGACUCCGCUCGGCACGAUUCCGACGGCAAAAUCGUCCGCACGCAGAAGGAAGUCUACAAUUUGAACACCAUCGCCGUAGAGCAACUCACGGCAGCAUUGGGGAACACAGGAUCCCAUAAACGCCGCAUUCCAAUCGUCCCCAACAUCGGCAACAACGAUAUCUACCCACACAACGAACUUGCGUACCAUAACCAUAAAAGCAACCCCACUCUGGAUUUCUAUGCUAAGCUAUGGUCAGAUUUCAUCCCAGAUAAUCAAAUCGAAGAGUUCCGACGACACGGCUCUUUUGCCGUACCCAUUCGUCCUAACCUCCUCGUCGUCUCGCUAAACACGAUGUACCUGAGCGACGCGAACCGUGCAGUAAAGGAUUGCCGAGCCAGUGAAGAGUUCUGGAAGUCUAAAGCCGCUGGCGACCAUGUUUUGCUGUGGCUGGAGAAAGUGCUGAAGAAGGCAAAGAAGGACGGCGCGGGAGUUUACAUCAUUGGACAUGUUCCGCCGAACCCGUUGAAUUACUAUGAUACUUGCUAUGAGAAGUUUGCCCAGUUGAUGGUCACGUAUGAUAACGUUGUUGGCCAGUUAUACGGCCACAUGAAUGUCGACCACCAUUUUUUCCCGUCCAUCUCAAACUCUGUCGGUGGCGGUGGUGACGACAAAGACCGCAAACACAAGGCACAAUCUGCGCAAUCCACUGCUGAGCUCAAAGCCAUUAUGCCGGACUUUUCGCAGCCUGUGAUGGUACCGCAGACCGCGUCUGGGCAGAUGAGCACCAUGAUUCCUUCCUGGGUUAACCUAUACUAUCAUUAUCUCCUAGCCCACUACAAACACUUCGCGCACCACCACAUAAAAGACCCCUCCGAAAUUAUCCCCUUCCCCGUCUUCGUCGCCCCCAGCGUCGUACCCACCUUCAAUCCAGCCAUCCGCACCUUCACCUACUACCGCGGCGGCCCCUCUUCCCCAUCCCCAUCAAAACAUACCCGCAAGCCCAAACCCCACAAACCGUACCCAGGCACCCUAACAGGCUUUACCCAAUUCUACGCCGACAUAACUCACUUCAACUCCCACCCGCUUACCACCAACCACGAGUUCCCAGGCUACCUCUAUCAGAAAUCCUACACUCCCGCCAAGGACUAUAAGUUCGGGGAAGGGAGGUGUGAGCUGGACGAUUGGUUGUUGUUUGGGGGCAGGAUUACGGGUGUAAGGACGGGAAAGAAAGAGGCGGAGAGGUUGAGGAAGAGGUUUGCGAAAAAUUUGGUGGUUAGGUUGGAGGGGGUUGAUGUAAAGGGAGGGGUUGAUGUUAAGGGAUUUGGGGAGAGGGCUGAGGGGUCGGUAUAAAGUGGGAAUUGUGGGUUGGGCACCUUGGACGGCUGCGUAGCUUUAGGUGUGACUGUGGCGUAGCUUUUGAUGAUGAGUUAGCCUCAAGAAGUAGGACGCUCCUCUGCAGAAACCUCUUGGUGGUAUAUAUGCCUCCCUUAUCCGAAACGCCAUGUGUAUAGAUAUUUAUGUAAAAGGGCGCUAUCCAGUUUCUUCUGUGUAGCUAUGUUUAAGUAAGGAUUAGACUAUCAAAUAGCCUGCGAGACUUCGGCUAACUGCCGUAUCAGCAUUUCCAAGAACGGUUUGCGUGUGGAGGAGUACCCGGCGUCUUGAUUGAAGGCUUCGCU